GUUACACUCACUUGACCUUGCGGGUUUUCUUGACGUGUUGGGUCCUAAGAGUGUUAGGUUUCGCUGCGAAAUUAUGGAAGCUUGUGCAGCAAUUAUGAGAGAAAAUGUAGAUUUGAAUUCACAACUGAAUGAGCGAGACUUUCCUGCCCUCCCAAAAGCGGGGUUAUCUCGUCCUGUCAAAGCUUUAGGUGCAUUAAUACCUUCCUACCAAGCCAAAACUACGGAAGUCUUGGAAAUACCCUUUGAGGAGAGACGAUUCCUUAAUAAUGAAAACGAUAAUCUUUCAACCGGUAGAAGAUACAAUGUUCAAAGCAAAAUCUGUAUGGAAAUAGCAAGAGAUACAAAUGUUGAAAUGAAUUUGAACAGCUCCAAAAAUCAUAUUCUAACAGUCGUUAUCUCAGGAGAGCCAAGCAGAGUGGCUGAAGCUAAGAGAAGGGUGGUAGCUGAAUUACAACAACAGGAAACUGUUCGAAUUUCUGUUCCUGUUGAGUGUCGGGGUUAUUUAAUUGGUCGGAAAGGGGAGCGAUUACAAGAACUGGAGUCAUCUACGAUGACACGGAUUAGCAUUCCACCUCACAAUGCGCUUGAUCCAAAUGUCGUCAUUGUUACAGGUCCCAGAAGAGGAAUUUUAGAAGCAGAAGGCCUAAUAUAUGAAAUUGUUCACAAACAAUCCCAACAAGCGUUUGAACGGCUUUCGAUCCCAAAAAUUUACCAUCCUUUUAUAUGUGGGCCUCUUACUUUAUAGGAACAACCAGAUUGUAAAUGAUCUGAAGUCUCGAACUGACACUAAAAUCAACAUUCCUCCUCCAAAUGUAUCAGUCGAUGAAAUAGCAGUUUCUGGCAAGCGCGAAGGUGUUGCACAAGCGGUUAAAGAGAUUCAAGCAAUAUAUAAUGAACGGCUUGAAACUACAAAGACAAUUACUGUUAAGGUUGCUAGAUCACAGCAUCGUAUCAUAUUCGGUCAGCGCGGUUCUGGAAUCGCAGAUAUUUUAGCUCAAACUGGUGUUUCCGUUGAACUGCCGGUGGAUGAUGGGAAUGAGGAGAUUGUUUUGCGAGGAAAACCCGAAGAUCUUGGACGUGCACUUACAAUGGUUUAUGAACGGGCUCAAAGCACCAUGACAGAAGAAAUUGAAGCACCUAAUCGCUUUCACAGACUUUUAAUUGGAAGAGGAGGUUCUAAAUUAACAGAAUUACUGGAAGGAUACAAACGAGUUCAAGUAAGCUUUGGAGAUAACACCGACAGAAUCUCUGUUGAAGGUCCUUGUGAAGAAGUCGAAGUUAUUGUCGAGCGCUUAAAAAACCGCUUAGCAGAACUACAAGCCACUGUUGCUAUGGCGGCGGUAAAAGUAGAUCCCAAGUACUACCGACACAUAAUUGGUAAACAAGGAGCUACCAUUGGUCGUUUGCGUGACUAUAAAGUACGCGUUAGACUUCCUGAUUCAGAUCGAGGUGAUGCUUUCUCUGAUGAAAUAGUGAUUGAAGGCGAUCCAGUUGGAGUUGAAAAGGCAAAGCUUGAGAUUCAGCAAUUGGUGGAGAGACUGGAGAAUGAGAAAUGUAAAGAUAUGAUUAUUGAUCCUCAUAUCCAGAAUUUGUUACGUUCAACCAUAAAUGGAACUUCUUAUAUUCGUACCAUUUACGAAACAUUCCCUCAAGUACGUAUUAUAUGGCCUGAAAGUGAUGCAAAUGAUUCCAUGUUUGAAGAAAAUCCAACUAAAAGUAUUGUUCAACUAAGAGGUGAUCGUCAGCAAGUCGAUGCAGCAAGUGAAAAGUUAAACAAACUUAUUAAAUUAGUGAAAGAGGAGAACUAUAGACAAGAGAUAUAUAUUUUCAAAGAGGUACGGUCUAGUUUUCUUGGACGUGAAUAUCCAAGAGUGCGUAAAAUUCUUGAAGAUACACAAACACGUCUGCAAAAUCCUAAUGUUGGUUCUAAUCCUGAAAUUUUCACUGUAAUUGGACGAGAGGAAAAUGUGCGCAGGGCAAUUGAACAGUUAGAAGAAUUACAAAAGAAACUGGCUACUGUUAAAGAAGUUACUGUUUCUAUACCAUCAGCUUUGACAACUAAAUUCGCUGGAGAUCAGGCUCCAAGUUUAAGGUCAAUUUGUGAACAGUGUGAAGGAGUACAUAUAAGAUUUGCAAAUAAUAAUAAUAAUAAUAAUAAUAAUAAUAAUAAUAAUAAUAAUAAUAAUAAAAAUACUAAAGGACAAUCAAAUAAAUUAAGUCAUAUGGAGAUCAUUGUACUUGGACCAGAAAAAGAAGUUCAACAAGCAUGUGCGUUGUUAGAUCAACUCAACGCAAGAGUAUCACAAUUAUGUGCUGAGGAAAUUGUUCAUGCCAAUCCUAAGUUUCAUGGUGUUCUUAUAGGCCGACACGCAUCGAAUAUAACGCAGUUUCGUCGCCGUCAUAAUGUUGAAUUGGUGUUCCCUGAUCGUUUUGAAUCUGACCCAAAAUUGGCUUGUGAAAUCCGAAUUGUUGGUACGAAAUCUGCGGUGUCGGAAGCGAAACGUGAAUUAGAAAAUGUUUUAAAAUCUUUGGAAGAUGAAGUGGAAAAAUCAAUUCCAGUUGAUCCAUCUAUACUGAAAGGAAUUAACCAGUAUCGUCGUAAUUUCCCCAAUCCCGAUUUAGAAACUGUCCGUGUAAUAAUGCCCCGUUACAAUAAUCAUAUACAAUCCAAUCCGGAAAAUUCAACUGAACAUUCCACUGAACCUUUGUACAUUAAAUUAAUUGGCUCUAAAGCUUGUGUUGAAACUGCAGCUCAAAUUUUGCAACAAAUUAUCAAAGAUAUGCAAGAACAAAUAGUUCAAGAAUUUCCUUUCACUGAUCCUAGUCAUAUUUCUGUAUUGGAACGUAAUCGUUCGCAUCUGCCGGAACUCGAACGAUUAUAUAGAGUGCAGAUUAGAUUUAGUCGUUCAUUUGAUAAUUCUGACUUCGAUAGUUAUUCAACAUUUGAUGAGAGAUCAGUUAAUCAAUCAGAGUUCCACUCUGUUUCUGGCAUUCUUGUGAUAACAGGCGUACAAGAACGUAUUAAUCAGGUAUUUGAAGAAGGCAUAAAACCUCUCCUACCAAUUGAGGAAACAUUCCCAGUUCCUCAGGAAUUUCAUCGUAAUUUAAUAGUUACUUCAUCAGAUACAACAACACGUGAGCAGUCACGUCGUUCAUUGCGUGGCAAUAAUAAUAGUAAUAGUAAUAAACGGAAUAAUAAUGUGUCUGAACAAGUGACAAAUACAACUGCAGAAACUUUAUCUAAAGCUAUGGAAAUUAAACAAAAGCAUUCUGUUAAUAUACGUCUGCCACCUCAACAUACUUCUGGUUCCGACUACAUUUCUUUACGUGGUACACCAGCGAAUAUAGAAGCAGCUAAAGCUGAUCUAACCGAAUGGUUACAACAAUGUGAACUAAUAAAAGCGGAUAAAAUUGCACGAAGUUAUGAAACAGUUGUAGAAUUUCCCUUUAGGUUCUUAUCAAGUAUUCUUAGCAUGAGAGCUGAUCUCUGCUCUAAACAUGAUGUUGGUAUUCGUGUAGACACUGGUAGUAGUAGUAGUAAUAGUAGUAGUUCAGUAGUUCUAAAAACAUUACCACCAUCAUUGUCGUCAAUGCCAGAACAUUCAUCAGUUGACAACAAUACUACUGACAUCAGCGAUGAUAUUACUUUCUGUAGUAUUUCAAAGCCUAUAGUAGAAGACAAUAGCAAUAAUGAUAAUGAGAGUGAUGAAUUAUCGUCGACAGGAUUACCUAAAGAGAAACAAGCAAAAAUUAUUCUACGUGGUUAUCAGGAAAAUGUAUCUGCAGCGAAAAUUGAACUCGAGAAUACUAUUAACAAAUUAUUAGCUGAAGUCACUGAGAAUUUAUUCAUUCCUGUAGAGACACAUGCUCGACUGAUCGGUGCUAGAGGUAAUGCUAUUCAGAAAGUCAUGCGAGACUACAAUGUACGCAUUGAAUUCCCUAGUAGACGAAAUAUCAAUAGCGCCAAUGGAGACGGUAAUACAGUAUUAGUAACGGGUGCACCAGAAAAUGUUGAUCAAGCAUGUGAUUAUUUGAUUUCCAAAGCAAAUGAAUUUAUUGCGCAAAGUGGAUUGUCCAAUACUAGGCAACGAUUGUUUGAAGAAGAAAUUUAA